AAGCAUAAUUAAUGCAAACCAAUUUUCUUGUCCAGCUUGGAGGAUUCAUCCCUCCCCCAACAUGCCGAAAAUUGACAUCGAUGCCCUGUCAGAGAAAGAAGCUCGUGGUGGCAGCGAUAAGAGAUCCGGCAAGCCGGAAAUUCGCUGAUUUUAGAGCCCAAGAAACAAAAACAAAGCCAGCGAUAGUGCAGAAUACUGUGUGCGAUGAAACAAAAUCAGAGCCGGAGAUGGUGGAGAAAACAGUGUACAAUGAUAACUGGUUUGCACGCCUUGCCAUCCGCCAUCUCUCAGGCAGCAUUGAAGCCAUCACUGGGGUGAAGACAAAGGAGAAAGGCUACGAUGGGCUCGUCGAGGCUGCCAGCAUCGUUGCGAGGAGGAAAGACGGGGAAGAGCAACAAGAGAUGGUAGAGGAAACUCUCAAGAAGGCUUUUCCGGCAGCCGUAAUGAACAUGUUGAAGACUCUUCUACCGCAAUCAAAGUUCUCAAGAAAAUUUUUCGCAAUCUUCACAACAAUAUUUUUCUCCUGGCUAGUGGGACCCUGCGAGGUCAGGGAGUCCGAUUUCCGAGGGAAACGGGAGAAGAAUGUGGUCUACAUCCCCAAAUGCAGGUUUCUGGAGGCCACUAAUUGUGUGGGAAUGUGCACUAAUCUCUGCAAAUUGCCUUCUCAGAAGUUCAUCAAUAACUCAUUGGGGAUGCCCACCAAUAUGGUUCCCAAUUUUGAAGACCAGAGCUGUGAGAUUAUCUUUGGGCAGCAUCCACUUGCGGAUGAUCCAGCACUAAAGCAACCCUGUUAUCGGACUUCAUGCAUAGCAAAGCGAAAACAUGGAGUUGGCUGUUCAAGCUGAUGUCAUCUUUACGGCGCCAUGUGUCAUUCG